AUAAAGACUUUUUUAUAGUCUGGCAAGGAGCCUUAAAGGACGCUAAUAAUAAGUUUCCUGCUUACUUCUGGGAAUGCCCACCGGUUUCCCGCCAAACUAUUAACAAGCCCUUUGAGUUUGUAAUAACUAAAUCGGAAGACUUAAAUAAUAUUAGCCAAGAUUACACUAAUUUUGUAGACUAUUUAGCAAAAGGCUUUAAUAAAAAUAUCGCUCAUAGUUUUCCCAACAAAAAUAAAGACGCCAUUUUAAUCAUUCCUGGUCUGAAAGUUGGUAGUAAUAAACUUCAACUUGAUUACAAAAAUAUUAGUCAGUUUACCAAGAACGCUCCCCAGGAACAGCAACAGGCACUUUGGCAAGAAGUAGCGAAUAAAUUAGCCGAGGAAAUUAACAGCGGGGAAUAUAAAGAAGAAAAUAGCCCUAAUUUUCCAAAUAAUCCUAAUCCAAACGAACCUCACCAAGAUAAUCCGCCACCACCCCAAAAUCCCCCCGGAGACAGACCCGAUAAUAACAAAAGUCCUAAUCCCAGUGAAGGGAGUACCAGCUCUCCGAAAAAUUG